CACCACUCCGCACCACUCAGUCUCGCCGAGUGAACAGCACAGAAAACAACCCGUGCCGCACUCACUCAACCCCCAACACACAAAAACUAACUGAGGAAAACUAAACGCUCAACAGUUUUGAGACCCGGUCGACGAACCGGUCAGUGUACAGCCACCUCAAUCAAUCAUGACGCUUUCCUCGCUGCUGGUGUCUGCUCCGCUCGUGAUGGCCGCUCUCUCCACGGCUUGGCCACACUCGGCCAGCGCACUCGAUCUCUCCCGUCUCUACGGUCACAUCAAUGCCAAGCGCAACAGUGAUGCAUGUCACCCAUACGAGCCGUUCAAAUGUCCUGGAGAUGGAGCGUGUAUUUCGAUUCAAUACCUGUGCGAUGGCGCUCCCGACUGCAUGGAUGGAUAUGAUGAGGAUUCUCGUCUCUGCACGGCAGCAAAGCGGCCUCCCGUGGAGGAAACAUCCAGUUUUCUGCAGUCUCUGUUAGCCAGUCAUGGACCAAACUACCUGGAAAAACUAUUCGGAAGCAAGGCAAGGGAUGCGCUGGCUCCUUUGGGUGGCGUCGAUAAAGUUGCCAUCACACUCUCAGAAUCACAAACAAUCGAAGACUUUGGAGCAGCACUUCACCUUAUGAGAUCGGACCUUGAGCAUCUACGUUCUGUAUUCAUGGCAGUGGAGAACGGCGACCUUGGAAUGUUGAAGAGUCUUGGAAUCAAGGAUUCAGAGUUGGGUGAUGUCAAAUUCUUCCUGGAAAAGCUUGUCAACACAGGAUUUCUAGAUUAGAUGCCCUACUUCCUUUCCAACACAAGAAGUAACACCAUUCGAGAGAUAGGCUCCAUUUUUUUUUUUUUUUUAAAUUGAGAGAUGAUUCUAAAUAUUUCUUGAUGUGAUGAGAAAUCACACAACUGUUGAACAGCUAAAAUCACAUUUCUACAUGGGAAAUCAUAAAUCAACAAGAUGAGUGCUCCGUAUGAAGAUAGCCAUAUUAGGAAUCAGUAUUUGUAUUACUGAAGUUUCCAUUAAUUUCUCUUCGAAAAUAGCAAUUGAAAAAUUAAUAUUGUUCAAUGAAUGAACAGUUGAAUCAUUGAACAAUUGAAUAUUGAACAUUAAUAAUGUUCAAUGUUUAUUCGUCUAUUCGUCUGUAACACUUUGUUAUUUAUGUACAACUGGUUGAUCACAUUUUCAUCAUAAGACGCUGUUUCCUUCAAAGAGUUCAAUAAAAACGAUUGGAAAGUAACCAGACCUAUAAGCUAUUCUUACAAUAAUCGAGAACUUAUUUUGGAAACAUAAACCGAAAGAAAAAAUAUCAAAUUAUAUUUUAAAAAGUUUGUUUUAAAUGCUGAUCAUGCAAUGAUCAAUCACAAUCAUUUUGACAAGAAUUGAGUUUUCAAUAUAGUUAGCCUGUUAAUGAUUAGGCUACAUAGAUCAUACUCAUAGUUCCUCAAUUUCUAUAAAAUUCAUCAGAUAAAUUUCUAAUAACUCCCAAAAAGCUUUCCUUUUACAAAGUAAACUGAGAAAUUUGUUUGAAAAAUACUAAUUCAAUGGAGUUUCUAUAAAGUCAUAUGCAGCACUCAUCCUAAAGAUGUAAUUUAUUGAAUCAUUAUGAAGUUGUUAAUGAUCUGUGAGUUGUCUAUGAUUGGUACGGUAUGGUAUUGUGUGAUGAAGUACUGUUCCUACCCUCAAAUAUUUUUCGAAAGGCUGUUAAUCUAUUCUCAUGCAUUUAUUUUCAUUUUUUAACAAUUCACAUGACAUUUCUCAUGGUAUAAUAUCUGGCCUGAUACGAAUUGGAGAAAAAGGUAUGAGUAUGUUUGACUAUUAUAGGCCUACAUUAUUCAUUUUUUCAAAUCAUAAGUGCUAUCAGGUACCCAGAUUCUCAUAUGCACUGACAAAAUCCAUAUAGAGAAGUAUAAUGAUUAGAUAAUUAUAAUAGUUAAACAAGAGGAAAACCUGGAUGAUCUAUGCCCAAUAUAUAUGAAUAAUCUAAAUUCGAAUUGAUCAAUCGGCAACUCAAAUGUUUAUUCAUUUUUUUUUGAAUAGCACCUUAAUAAAAUCAUUAAAUAUUAUCAAAAUUAACAUUCUAUAUUAACUAUUAAUACUGAUAUGUUGAAUAGUAUGAGGCGACAAUGUUCGUUAAUAACUUGCAGUAUUUAUUUUAUUAUAAUUGGUGUGUGCAUUUAUUUUUAUAAAAAAUUGUGAUAGAAUAUUUUUUGAAUUUCAACCCAUGAAAACUGAUAACACGAUCGUUGAAGUAUUUCAUAAUAUUUUGCAAAUGAGUAAUUGAUACUGAAUGGUAUUUCAAACGGUCAGAGAAAUAAAAAAAAACAAACUCAAAUUAAGAUCACUUACAAAAGAUUUACAGAAAAAAAUCAAUUCACUUACUCUCAAGAGGAUCUGUAUAGGGGCUAAGGAUGAGUGAUAUUUAUAAAAAUUUUGGAUUUCCAAACGUUUAAACUGUAAAUAAUACGUAUUUCUAAGAGUAAGGAAAUUGAUAAAUAUCAACCUUAUCUUUUAAUCUUAUAUCUGUAAUAUAAUGAUAUUGUCUUGGGGCUAUUUUCUUAUAAAUGUGUAUUUAUUAUUCUUAUCAUGGUAUGAAUAGGAACAAUUUCUUUCAUCUACCCUUAGACUAAUGAAUGUAAUUUUAGACAUAUAUCUAAUGAGAAUGAAAAUAAUAUGACUGUGCAUAUGAAGGGCCAAACAUGUAUUUGAAACUUGUAUCAAAUUUAUAAAGUGAUCACUUAAUUGUCUUGGAUACGAGCUCUCUUGAAAGGGUAUGAUUUGAUUAUUUUAUAUUGAUUGGUCUGAUUUGAAUCGACUUGAUUAUAUUAAAUAUGAGCACUUUUGAAAGAGAAUAAGUGAUUGAUCUGAUUUGAAUUGAUUAAUUAUGCUAAGUUUCAAGUAAUUGGAACGUCAUUCUGCGGAUUAUUCAAUCUGAUGGAAAUUGUCUUGGAGAAAGGUUUAUUGAGAGGAGCGUGUUGAUUCAAUGUGCAGCCGAAGUAUUUUUGAAAAUAUUGGAACUUACAUCUUGAAAUAUUUUUUGCGAAAUUGAUCAGAAGUCAGCUAAUGGUUUUGCAACAUGAUUUGAUGGAACAGAUUUGAAAAAUACUACAGUUUAUUCCUCCAUAUUUCAUGAAGUGAUUUCAAAUGCAUUUAUGGUGAUUUCAUGAAACAAUAAACGAUCAAAUUCGAGAUGUUGAGAGUUCAAGUGCAACAGCAAGCAUUAAAGUGAGAAUGAGAAAUUUGUCAGUUUACAAAAAAUAUGAAACAAGUCUGUAAUGUUUUUGGCUCUUUAUAGCACAUAAAUAAUGUCUAGAUUGAUAUCCUAGAUAACCGCAAUAAGUAUGAUUAUAGUGGAAAGUACACUAUUAUUCACUAUAUUGGCUAGGAGAAACGAAACCAAUACAUAUCAACACAUAUCGAAGGAGAAAUAAUACAUAUCAAUAUAGUAUUAAUACAAAACAUAUUUUAUAUGCAAUUUAUUAUGAUAGCUAUUCAUAUCACUUGAAUGUUCAAUAUUCUAAUGUUAUUUAGUAAAUUAAGUGUCAUAUAAUUUACUCCACAUUCAUAUUCCAUGGUCGCGAUGUUAAAAUCACUACUGUAUUCUUCAAAAAAGAUAGGUGAAUAUAACAAUUCAUAACCGUCCAAUUAUAUGUGUCAAAUUUAUUCUCAACAUAUCAAAGAUGAUACAGUUAGUUAUGCAAUAUAACUGAUAAUAUUAUUGUGAAUUAUUGUUCUACUCCAACAAAUUUACAAUUUGUACUUCUCAAUUCAGCAUCACGUAGAACUGUACAGAUGAUAAACUUACAAAAGUUAAUGCACUGGACCAAUGAAUGUAAUCCAUCAGACAACAAAAUACAUUUCUAUCAAAUGAAUUCUACUGUUUUAGACAUUUUCAUUCUACUUUACAUUCUAUAGACUCUAGAGUAACUAACGAAAAUUUAAAAAAAUUAUGUUUCCAAACUUAUUUGUGUGAAAAGUGAGAAAAAUAUUGAAAAACUCGUUCGAGUUAAGUCGUUCACAUAGAAAGAAUAUGGAAAUAUGAAUUAAGAGAGUGCUGAUAUGAACUACAUACUGGCUCACCAAUGUUGUUAUUUCAUCGCUUUCUACAUUCCAAAAGUUAGAGGAAUGGUCGAAACUGCAAUAAAAUACAAUUUGGAGUUUUUCUAUUCAAUAAUAAUCUUUGGAUAAACGUGUUCCAGAGCAGAAACAGUAUGAAAUAAACUUCAAUGAUUCUAUUUACCUAUAUUUUUCAUCCAUUCAUCAUUUCCAUAUAUUGUAAUAUAUGCCUAGGAUUAAAUUAUUUUUUCUCACAUAGAGAAUCAAGCUAUCUCUAAAUAUGUAACUAGAUAUUUAUCGAUGGUUGAUGAAUUUCAUGAAUUGAUAUAAAAUAUUAUUUAAAAACAUUGAGUUUAGGAAGAUAUAUAUUAAUGGUUGACUCUGUUUCAAGAGUAGAUUAGACAUUAUCGAAGCCUCAUGGAAUGUCAAAUGUCUGUAUGGUUUUGGGUAACUGGAGAAAGUCCCUCUUGAAUGAAAUUCUUUGUUUGGGACACAUGGGCAACUAAACUUAGUUUAGCUGCAUUCAUAAGCAAAUUAAUAGCUAAAAAAGAUAAACCGUAUUACACAAACAAGUUCAUUCAAGGCUUGUGUGUAAAUUAGAAAAUUAUAUCUUUAUUUGAAGAAGACCAACUUCCUAAUAACAACUAGCAAUAGAUUCUAGAUAAACUCUAACUCUAAUUCAAUUUGCAAGAGACAACAUCAUGUUCUGAGGAACGGUAUUGGAGUAAAUUUUGUUGAAAUAUUCCUUGAUAGAAGAUUAUUAAAAACUGAACGACUGAAUAUCAAGUUUUUAGUCUUAUGAAUAGAGUUUUGGAUUUCGUAAUUUAUUUUUCAAACCAAUCCUGAAAUUAUUAAUUUAUAGUCAAUCAGAGCAUGACGUUUUAACAGUAUUGUUAGCAAUUAUUAUAGGAGGUGAGGUAUUGUGCCACGCUAACAUAUCACUAGAUCUAUUAACAAUGCAACAUAUCAAUUUAGUAAUAGGAUAAUUAAAUAUUAAGAUUAUGAUUGAAUAUGGAUUCGGUGUAUUCAAAAUGUUUUCAAAUUCUAAUAACAGAAGGUGAAUCAAUCAAUAAAUGGAAAACGUUGGAUGAGAUUUACCAACCCUUAAUCACUCAUGCGGGCUUUUGAAACCUCUCAGAUUCAUAUUCAAAAACCACAGGUGCGAUUUUCUCAGAACCUUCAACCUAGAAUCCUAAAAUGUUAUGGGGGUUAACAAUAGAAUCAUAAAUGUUGAUGAGGUUAAGAUCAUACAAGGAAAAUAUUGUCUUAAGUAACUACAACUCUCUAUGCGAGCAGGCCUACUUGAAAGUCCAUGAAUGUUAACAUAAAAAGCACUGACUCUCGUCUUAUCAAAUCAGUUUUUUGUAGAACUUGCCUUUCUUUUCACUAAUAUAUAUUUGUGAAAUCUGAAGUGAUCAGGUCUACAGGUAGUGGAAGAUAAAAAAUGUAAUGAGUAAUCUUUGUAACAAAGACACAUGUAGUCUUUGGAGUCACUUCAUUGUGCAAGUUGAAUACAUGCUAUGAUUGCUGUGCUAUUUCAGCAGCAGUCAAAUAUAUUUUCACAGUAUUUUCCAAAAGAAUGAUAAUUAAAAUAUCUAGUGAUUUCUUCAUAUGUUUCCAGCAAUGAAACAUGUGGAUCUUACCUGUUUACAUUGUUUUACAAUCUUACCUGUCUUACAUGGUUUCUCUAGAUUGAAAAAUAUUGGUGAGUCUUUAAAUUUAUCAUAUGAGGCUAUAGGAAGGAAUAAGGGUAGGUUUAAAAAAUAUAAAAAAUUUAAAAAUUUCACAAGUUCUUUCGUCUAUCUUGAAAGUCUUCGUGAGUGAUCAAGGGUUUUUGAUUUUUUAAUGCUAUCAGAAUCUUCAAUGAUAGCUAGUUGUUAGAUUAGAAAGAGUCAAUCAAAUACUGAGUUGCUAACUAGCUUAGCAGUAUAUAUAAUAAUCACUUUACAUCAUGUUAAUUAGUUAUUAAAUUUGUAUCAAAUAACAAAAUGAUGUAUAGUGAAAAACAGUAUUUCAAAUAUUGAACGAAAAGGAUUUUAUUACUUUUAAUCAACUGGCUUUUCUGAUACUCUCCUAUAAGGAAUAUUAUUCAUGAAGCCUUUUGCUGAAAUAUAAAAAAUAGAUUGACUUCAGUUGUAGAUUAUCAGAAAGGAGAAGGUACAACGUGAGUGAAACAGAGAUUCAAAGAGUCAGCCAUUGCCCCUAUACCUGACCCUUUUGAUGUUUUAUUCAAGUAUAUAAUAUAUAUUUGUAAUAUUAUGUAACAAAAUUCAAAAGGCGUAAAUUUGUAAAAAGUUAUUUUCUCCAAAUUGAAGUAAAUGGAAUAUUAUGAAAUGAG